AUGAACUACUGUAUGCAAGAAAUAUAUGAAGCUCACCCGGCUGCCAGUAGCAACUGCUACAUGCAGUCCACUGAUUAUUGCACUUAUAUUGAAGAUAGUCAGAGUUACAGCAGUUGUGAUGCUCAGGUCCUGCACAAUAAUAACAUAUAUAUGGAACAGGCCUGGGCGGUGAAUCAGCCUUAUACCUGUAGUUACCCUGGAAACGUUUUUAAAAGCGAGUAUUCUGAUAUGGACAUGGCCCUGCAUCAGUACAGCCAACCUGAAUAUUUCACCGAAGAAAAGCCUACUUUUUCUCAAGUGCAGUCACCAUCGUACCCUCAGAAGAAAGGGUACAUACCCAGUUACUUAGACAAGGACGAGCUAUGUGUCGUGUGUGGUGACAAAGCCACUGGGUAUCAUUACCGCUGCAUCACUUGUGAAGGUUGCAAGGGUUUUUUCCGACGAACUAUUCAGAAAAAUCUUCACCCAACUUAUUCCUGUAAAUAUGAAGGAAAAUGUGUGAUAGACAAAGUCACAAGAAACCAGUGCCAGGAAUGUCGCUUCAAGAAAUGCAUCUAUGUUGGCAUGGCAACAGAUUUGGUGUUGGAUGACAGCAAGCGGCUAGCAAAAAGAAAAUUGAUAGAAGAAAACCGAGAGAAGAGACGUCGGGAAGAGUUGCAGAAAACAAUUGGGAUGAAACCUGAACCAACAGAUGAAGAGUGGGAGCUUAUUAAAAUUGUUACUGAAGCACAUGUGGCCACCAAUGCACAAGGAAGCCACUGGAAACAGAAAAGGAAAUUUCUGCCAGAGGAUAUUGGACAAGCACCAAUAGUAAAUGCCCCAGAAGGCGGGAAAGUAGAUUUAGAAGCCUUCAGCCAGUUUACAAAAAUUAUCACACCAGCAAUCACAAGAGUGGUGGAUUUUGCCAAAAAGUUGCCUAUGUUCUGUGAGCUGCCAUGCGAAGACCAGAUAAUCCUUCUGAAAGGCUGCUGCAUGGAGAUCAUGUCCCUCAGAGCAGCAGUGCGCUAUGACCCCGAGAGUGAAACUUUGACACUAAAUGGGGAGAUGGCAGUGACGCGGGGCCAACUGAAAAAUGGGGGACUUGGAGUCGUAUCAGAUGCCAUUUUUGACCUGGGCAUGUCACUGUCGUCAUUCAACCUCGAUGACACGGAAGUUGCCCUCCUUCAGGCCGUAUUGCUGAUGUCUUCAGAUCGCCCAGGCCUCGUCAGUGUUGAGCGAAUAGAAAAGUGUCAAGAGGGCUUCCUCCUGGCGUUUGAACACUACAUUAAUUACAGAAAGCAUCACAUUGCACAUUUUUGGCCAAAACUGCUGAUGAAAGUGACGGACCUACGAAUGAUUGGAGCCUGCCACGCUAGCCGCUUCCUGCACAUGAAGGUGGAAUGCCCAACAGAACUGUUUCCCCCUUUGUUCUUGGAAGUUUUUGAGGAUUAAAAAGACUGGAAAGGUUCUCAGAAUUCCUAUAGCACUACUGGGUGUCAUUUCAUUCCAUUGCCUAGUCUUUUUUUAUUUUUUUAUAACUUUUUGGUCCAUUCCCAUUUUGUUCCACCUUGUUUUUGUUUGGAGGAUUAUGUUCAAUAGGCAUGAAUGAUUAUGUCCCUACAAUGCGGGUACUUGUGACAAUUGCGUUAUUUUUGUGUCUUGCAGUCCUUCUGACGUGAAUUCUUUGAGAAUUUGACAUUGAGAAUAUAAGUGAAUCAGUUUCAUUCACCAGCACUCAGGUGAUCACAAGCUCACACUCAUUGCUGUUUGGAGAUAGACUAGGAAAUAAGCUGAAGAGUCAGGAAAAUAAAUUGAUCAUUAUAUUUUUAAAAUUCUGCCAUAUUUUAUACAGUAUUAACUCAAUUUUCAGGAGAUGUGUCCUCUUUGUUGAGGCUUUCAGCACAAUCUAGUAAGUGUUGGUCAUACCUAAGUCCAGCUAAAUUCAGUAGAAUUUAUAGUGCCCUCCUAUACAUGUCAGCCAUAUUGAAUUCACUGGGAUUUAUUCCCGGAUAAGUGUAUUUAACAUUGCAACAUUGGCCCUGACUAACUUUCACCAGAUCAUAUCAAUAGAUCUGAGUAGAUAUUGCCUAAGCUUAAGGAAACAUAUUUCCAUCUUCCACUAUUGCCAGAAUAGUGUCACUUUUUGAUGACAAUAUGGUAUUCAUAUAAAUAAAGAAGUUUUGUACCUUUUACAUCCUCUUAAAAACCUAGUAAGUCAACGCCUUAAAAUUGCUCCAAAAUGUGGGCAAAAUCCCCCUUUUUUGCUUUUCUUUCCCUUCGUUUGACUGGGUUAUGCGUGUGCAAGUAUGAGAACUGGAAUGCGAACUGCCAAUUUGAUUCUACACUUCUAAAACCAAUUUAAUUUCAUGUAACAAAGUGAGGAAAGAUGCCACAUUCAUUAUCCAGACUUCAUUCUAUAACCUAAUGACUUUGGCUUGAAUCUUGUCAUGUCUUGUAUGUGCAGAGGCUCUGAUAGGCACACUGAGAAUUCUGUCCUUUAAGGACUGCCACAUUCAUUUCCAUAGGGGGAGCAGGCCUAUAGGCACAUGAAGUUCGGAAUAAGGCAGUUGCCAAGAGUCCAUUGUGCAUUCCAAACACUUUUCAGGUCUCUGGCUUGGGUGAUUUGGGAAGACCAAGAUUUUUCUCUGAAAACUCAAAAAUGUAAAAUACUGGAAAAGCACUCACAAAAAGUAAAACUACGAUCGUGUUGUUUUUGUUCUGAAUGACACUGUAGCAGGGGUGGUCAUCCAGUGGCUUGCAGCCUUCUCUGUAGUUUCCCCUGUGCCCCAAGCUGCACUGAAAUCGCUGCCAGAUUUGGGUGGUGUGGCAGUGGUGAAAUUCAGUUUUCGUUUUACAGCAAGGUUUGUGGGGACCACGCACCUUCUUUUAAAGAAAAUUCACACCACACUCUCCUGGAGCUUCUGAAGCGUGAUAAUGCCUUAAAACAACAUGUGUGUUUUUUCACAUGCCUUGUUUUAAAAUUAAAAUGUGGCUAUUUUGUUGUCACUGAAUUGCUACUGAAUUGCUGCUGAAUUUUGGUGGUGGCAUCAGCAGCAUUGUGUGACCCUAGACUUCUGGAGCUGGGAAGUAGGCACCUGGACUUUCAGAGUUCCCCAGCUCUACCACUUGACCCAACAAUUUCAGGUCUGUUUCCAGAACCACUGCGGGGACUUCUCCAUAUGUGGGUUUUGUUUUGUUUUGUUGUCAUUGUGGAUGGAACAUUGAGAGCAAGAAAUGGCCAUUUGAAUGUUUCUCUCUAGGCCCAGUCCUGAAGAUCAUUUCUGAUGGUGGGCCGCAUUGAGGACUGGGUUCAUGGAAGACAAGGGUGGCCAUUGCCUCCCCUUCCUUCCAUAAUGAGCCAAGAAUAAAAUUAACCAUAAGUGGAAAAUAAACUUUAAAAGUUGUCUGAAUCCAGACCUAACAUGUUUUCCCUGCAACAGUCAUUUUGAUACAGUUGGUUUGUAUUCUUCCGCUCCCCUAAAAUCUUUUUUUCCCUGUUUGUGGCAAGAUAUCCUGCUGCUGUGGUCUGUUAAAUAGGAGCUGUAGCCCGUGUAUACAUGGAGCUGUUUAAUGAUGAUACCUCUAGGAAAUCUUCUGUUUCUAUCCAUUCUAGUGCAUGCAGCUCCUGAAAAUAUAAACUCUUUGCUAAGAACUGCUCCCAGUUGAGUGUGAUGCAUCAGAAGGGUUCUCUCAUCUCUCCUUUCUCCCUCUCUCUCUCUCGCAACUCAGUUAACUUGUCCUUAAAUAU